GCAGAGCUAGAAGUCCACGCGAGACAGGUUGAGCGUCUAAUUCAAAUAGAAAGGGGGUUCUCCAAGAUGUUACGUAAACGCACAAAGGCGUUCGAACACACAGAGUACCCGAACGUAAAAUCGUCUGUUAGAAAAAAGAUUGUAGAUUUUCUGGUGAGUCUAGUCACGCAAGCCCGUGACAGAGAAGGAAAAGAAAACACGACACUGAGAACUCGUUUAGACAAACAUGAAGAACGAAUCACUGAGGUUUACACACAGUUAAGGAAACAAACCCAGCAAUUCACCCGAGUCCUGCAGACUAUUAAACACAUAGAAGACUAUUUAAACAGAACUGAAACGACAGGGUCUUCUKUGGACACAAGCUCGAUCCCGUCGCUUCACAGUGAACAGAUUCAAAGUCGAUUAUGACAGCAGAAUACACCCCAAUACAACUUAAAAGGGACUGAGGGUUUUUUUUCUAAAUCAAAGCAACUGGAUUGGUGCAUUUUUAUCGUGUCUAGUCGAAGCCAAUCGUUUCAAAUUUGCAACAUUUGAACGCUGGCCAACUGCGCUCGCUUCAUGGUUUAAUGACAUCGAUAGUAGUCAGUCAUGCUUUGACUUGAAAGUCCUUGCAAAGGGAAAGUUACCCGAAACUGUUAGGGCACGAGUUCGCGCUCUAUUAGAACGUCUAGUUCGAAAAUUCUCCUUUCUAAUCUCAUUUUCUUUCAGGUAGUCCGGUUUUGUGUAGAUAUUUCAAAACAAACUCAGUGUAGUAUAAACUAUUAUUUAUUAUUUUAUUUAUUGGUUUUAUUACAUUUGAUUAUGAUGA